GGUCUGGGUGACGAUGACGAUGAAGUAGAGGAGAUAAGGGAUCCUGAGGUGGUGAUUAAGAUUAAGCUUAGCCUUGCUCUGUACAUCUGCAAGCGUUGGAGUACGGCGACAGUGUCGCUGCUGAAUCUGCCGCGAGUGAUUGAUGAGUGGGAUACCCUCGACUGGCUGCCCGAACCUGGGUGCCGGCCGGAUAUACCAGGUACCAUACGGGGUAGUUAG